AUGUCCUCUAAGGUCAAAAAUGGGUUGUUGGGGUUGGGGAACCGGCCAGGAGAGUUGGAUAAUGAAAAACUUUGUAGUUCCUGCUUUUGUUCGCGACCUGGCAACCAGGAAAGCCCCGUUGGUCACAAACACAAGGUCCCCCGAGAUGAACCCAGACAGCAGACAGAACCUCCAACUCCAAGCAUGAACACACCCGCAAGACCGCCCGAGGCCGCCAAUUCCGAGUUGAUCGCUGAGUGGACGGAUCAUCACUUGCUCGACAUGCUGAACUUCUUCUGCAUGUGGCAAGCGCAACACGAUCUCCUCGCAUCAUCUUCAUCGCCACAACAAACCGGUGUCGUCUAUGUCAGUGCUUGCGAGGAGAUCAAGCUCCAAUUCACUCGCCUUUCCUCCGUCACAGUCAAACAAUUGGCAAGCCGUUAUGUUGAACUGGUCACCCAGUGGAUAGAAUUCAGUGUCAGCCUCCACAAAUCUCGCGCGGAGUUUGAUCAGGGAAUCCAUGCCAGAGUGCAAAGUCGUGGCAUAUCUCCUAUUGUUUUCCUGGGGCUCAAAGACCGAAUUGAGCAAACGUGGGCUUUGGAUAUUUCAGGUUUGGUCCCACAGCGGCCAGGCACUAGGCCACGCAGAGAUGUCGCUGACCCGGCUUUCAACUUGGUUUGCGUGGCUCAGGAACUUCUUCGGGCGCGCAUUGAGAUGAAUAAUAUCUCUUGA